GCAAUGAGGGAAGGACUGGGCAGCAGACGUCCCGGUGAUCUCCCCUACACGGACCAGACAUCCCCGUCUGGGUGGACAACGACGGCCGUCCAGCUGGCGACGGUCACCGGUGACUGUGCGGCGAUGAGACGGAAGAGGAGGCUGCGCAUCGCAGUGGGAAGAAACACGGUGGAGCACGAGGUGUGGCUCGGCGACAUCCGAGAGUCCUGCAUCCGUGGCCUGGACCUGUGGUCCCGCCGGGGCCCGUGUGGAUGUGUCGGGGGCAACACACACUCUACCUCGGUGCCGAAUCCAUGGCUCCCCGGGAAGCGGUCCCACCGGGAGCGGCAACCACCACGGGGUUCACAGCGGGUCGGGGCAGUGCAGCACACCCGGCAGCGGCCCAACGCAACACCGCGGGAUCAGGAGCAAGCGACCACCUCCCCGCCAUGGAGCAGCAGCUGGGCGGCGAACCGAGCUAACCUCCGGUUACCCCGUGUGAUCUGGGAAACUCAUCUCUGCGAUAUUGUCUCGUUACUACUGCUGCUUGUGAUAGCUACAGCUUCAAUGAUCUUUUAUCGAUAUCGCCUCUCCUUGAGGAUUUCAAAAGUGACUGCAGAGUUUCAGUGUGUCACCCUGGUGCCUCAGGAACGCACAGCUGUUGCUGCUCUGAUCCCCAAAACAGAAGGUGCCACCUCGAUCUUUCAGCAGUGCCCGGACAUCAGCUGUCAUCCAUGGCUCCUGAUUGGAACAAAUGGUGCUGGGUUUAAUGACAGUAACAUCCUGUAG